GCAUUUCCCAGGUUCCCCUGCGCAGCCCACCUCUCCGUCCUUGGCCCAGCCAUCCGUUCGCCUGUUCCCUCAGGCCGAAUUCUCCGCUGUAGCUGCUGCCACCGCCGCCGUCGUCAUGCUGCCCGCAGCCCUGCUUCGCCGCUGCGUCCCCUGCCUGCUGCGCCAAGCCCGGACCCCGGCCCCUUUGGCCCGAACCUACGCCGAGGCUGCCCCGGCUGCUGCCGGAGCCGUCCCCGGCCAGAUGUCCUUCACCUUCGCCUCCCCGACUCAGGUAUAUUUCAAUGAGGCCAAUGUAAAGCAGGUGGAUGUCCCGACCCAGAAUGGGGCCUUUGGGAUUCUGGCUGCCCACGUCCCCACCCUCCAGGUGCUAAAGCCUGGUAUAGUGACCGUGCAUGCUGAAGAUGGCACCACCACCAAGUAUUUCGUGAGCAGUGGUUCCAUCACGGUGAAUGCGGAUUCUUCUGUGCAGCUGCUGGCAGAAGAAGCUGUGUCCCUGGACAUGCUGGACCUGGGGGCUGCCAAAUCCAACUUGGAGAAGGCACACUCAGAACUUUCAGGAGCCUCCGAUGAGGCAGCCCGGGCUGAGGUUCAGAUCCGGAUAGAAGCCAAUGAGGCCAUCGUGAAGGCGCUGGAGUGAUCCGGGGAGGUGAGCCUUUGGGGUUGUCCCUGAGAUGGUGUUGACUGGCCUGCUCCGUGGAGUCACCUUGAGCUGAAGAGACCCGGAAGUAUCCAGGAAGGAGGAGCACACCUGCCCCCAAGACCCCUGCCUCCCCCCCCCUUCCUCCCUCCUUCCCCAGAGAGAGAUUAAAAACCGGAAAGGUC